CCGCCGGCCUAUAUAAGGGGUUUACUGGGCGUGUCGCCGCGCCGGGGUCGCCGUGCGGAUCCGGGACGGAGGCUGGUGCGGAGGUGGCUGUGGGCUCGCUGAAGCGGCACCUGGGAGACGAUGGCCGAGGGAGAUAAUCGCAGCACCAACUUGCUGGCUGCAGAGACUGCAAGUCUGGAAGAGCAGCUGCAAGGAUGGGGAGAGGUGAUGCUGAUGGCGGACAAAGUCCUCCGAUGGGAACGAGCCUGGUUUCCACCUGCCAUCAUGGGUGUGGUUUCCCUGGUGUUUCUGAAUAUCUAUUAUCUAGAUCCAUCUGUUCUAUCUGGUGUUUCCUGUUUUGUUAUGUUUUUGUGCUUGGCUGACUACCUUGUUCCUAUCCUGGCGCCUAGAAUUUUUGGCUCCAAUAAAUGGACCACUGAGCAGCAGCAAAGAUUCCAUGAAAUUUGCAGCAAUCUAGUAAAAACUCGUCGCAGAACUGUGGGCUGGUGGAAACGCCUCUUCACACUGAAGGAAGAAAAGCCGAAAAUGUACUUCAUGACCAUGAUCAUGUCUCUUGCUGCCGUUGCUUGGGUGGGACAGCAGGUCCACAACCUUCUUCUCACCUACCUGAUCGUGACUUUCUUACUGUUGCUUCCUGGACUAAACCAACAUGGAAUCAUUUCGAAGUACAUUGGAAUGGCCAAAAGAGAGAUGAACAAGCUUCUUAAGCAAAAAGAAAAGAAAAAUGAGUAAGGCAUCUUCUUUAUUCAGUGUGGUUAAUGGAGUAUACAUUGUGUGGGAACAGUUUCUAUUGCCUGGAUACUGAAGUGUUACAGAGUAGCUCUUUGCUCUCACGCCUUCUGCCCUUAGUUACUAGAAAUUCAGAUUUGC